AUGCAGAAAACUUCUGCCGCAGAUGGUGCUUCGCCAACACAGAUUCAGUCCCGCCUAUUGAAAGGUCCAUCCUUUGCAGAUGUGGUGAUCCAGGAAGUGGCUCGGCUGGCUCGAGAAGUGCAAGCUAUUCAACGCGAUCGGGAUGCACUCCUGCGUCAGAUGGAGGCGUUGCGUGCCGAAGUUCGGGAGAUGAAACUGGCACGAAGCGGUCCACCCAUCCGAGUUGUCGGCCGUGACGGUGUGUCGUUGGAGCGCAUCCUUGAGCAGGCAGUUCCAUACACCAUAGUUGAGAUCCCGGAGGGCAUUCACAGCUUUGAGCUUCUGGAGUUAAAGAAGCCAGUAUUGAUUCGGCGCAGCAUGGCAUCGCGCAAGUCCGACACGGUGCUUAUGGGAAGCAUCGUUAUAGCAUCUCGUGGCGUGAAGAUCGAGUCCGUUUGCUUCCGUUGUGAUCCGGAGUCCCAGUACACCCAGAUGAUUACAGUGGGCACUUCUGAGUGUGUCCUGGGCAUUUGUCGACGAAUUCUGACUUGUGCACAUUGGGUUUCUCAGAAAUUUAAUCCCGUUUACACCAACAGCUUCUACCAAGGCUUCAUUGAUGCCACAGAGGCCGAGCUGGUUGACUGCGACAGUAACAUGAGCCUGGUGAUCAAGAGCGGGGCGCCAAUAAUUCGGCAUUGCAGCUUCUCAGCUCAGGGCGAGUUGAAUGAUCAAGGCUUGCGCGCGAGUUUGAAUAGCUGUAUCUGGCUGGGCAGAGACACGGCUGCGACAAUCGAUUCCUGUUUCAUCGAUGGAAGAUCCAGCCGCGUGCAUGCCUUCUCGAUCGAUGACAAUGCAUGGGGGAGGUUGCGACGGAAUGUGGUCUGCGGCACGAGCGAAUACCCUGCAUUCCACAGAGGGUCCUUUGGCAACUGCGAUCUGGACCAAAGCAAUGAGAUCAACUGCCCUGUCUACCAUGGCGUGCGGAAACUUCGAGCCUUGGAGCAGAGUCAUCCAGCAUCACCUGCAGCUCCGGGAAGGUUUGGUGCCUCACCUGCGCCCGAUGGUCGAACAACUUUCCGGGAUGGCGGCAUUCUGCAGCAUGGUCUAUCCCAUGGUGCACACUCGGCAGUUUCGGCAGCCGACAAUCACCGACCUGUCCCGUCCAGCGGGCAGGGCCAGGUGCCAGUGUCGCAGCCUCCAUCGAGCCCAACCCCUCGACACUACGGUUCGGUUCCUUGGCAGGUCUUGUAA